AUGAAAGUCGCUGAACCAAAGUCGGAUCGCAAGUGCGAUGUCCACCUCCAUGUACACGGCAAGGUGGAAGCGCUCAAGGAGUAUGGCGAAUACAUCGACCCCAUAGACAACGCGAUCUGCUGCUUCGUUCCUGUCGAGGACGGCCAAAAGAUCAAGAUACUAGGCAGCUUCUCGGGCACGACUUUGAAUAUCUUCCAAGACGCUAUAGUGGAUGGAGUACAUCGCAAAGCAGUUUCCUACAACCCAAAAGCCGUACGCGACAACAAGCCGCCCAAGAAGUUCAUGAUCGAGUCCUUCUUGUACAAGACAGACAAGGGUAUCAUUGAUACAGACAUGAAUGUCUGUUCACUCUCGGAUGUGGUUAUGACUCAAGGCGACGGCCCCGAAACCAUCGGCACCAUUGAACUACGCGUAUACGCCACCCGCCAAUUCAAUGUCACUCACAAGCUCGCCGGUGUUACAAACCACAUGAACUGCGACAAGAACAUUGAGGAUGAAGUGAUCAAUACGAUUAGCUACCGGGAAAUCCCUCCUACGCUCCAGCUGACUUUCGAAGAGAACUGUGCUGCCCUUGAUUCGGUGAAGGCCAGCAGUGAGCAUCGAAAGAUGACCGCAUUGCGUCCUGGGGAUGCGCCGUGGGCUAUUUUCCGCUUCCACUAUCGGGACCAUGAAGCCAUUGCGGAGAAAGAGAUGCAGCUGACUUUCAAUCCGUACGACAAAGCUGUUGGCGAAACCCGAACUCUGGCUCUCGAACCUGUACCUUUGCUUGUGGAUGGUUCAAAGCCGCCAACCAAGGACGACGGAGAUAGUUCUACUCGUACGUCUUCGCCUAUGCCUCCGACACCGGGCAAAGGUUCGCGAAGAGAUUCAGCUUCCAAGCCUUCCACUCUUUCCAGGAGACAACGCCACAAGGCCAUAGUUCCUCCCCAGUCUCCUACCGAAGAAGAUUCUCUAGCUUCCCCUGAUCACUUUUCCAAACUCGAGACCCACGAGGAGAUUGACAAGGACCUUGAAGAUCACAUCUCCCCCGACAUUUCUGUGAAGUCACCGACCAAGGAGAUGGCAAUCCCCAUGGCUGACAAAGAUGCCGUCAAGGGAGAGACCGAUGGUGUUGUCACAACCUCUAUCAUGGACAAUGACAGCAGCAAGGUCCCUGAGACCUCGACAAACGGCAACAUCGAGAAGACUGCCAACAAGCCCAUCAAGCCUGUCGCUACGAAGAGUUUCAAGAACCCCGUCAAGAAACUUCUUACAAAGGACCAACCUACUAUCAGUGGCACUGCCAGCACCAUUCCAGCCGACAAGAAGACUACCGGUUCAGCUGACGAUGGUACUAUAGAGGCCUCCAGCCUGAUCGAUACCGAUACGGACACCAAACUCACCAACGGCAACGCGGCUAGUGAGCCUGCGCAAGUCAAAGAUGUCCUUCAAAAGGUCCCUGAGCUGCCCGUUACGCCCGUCAAGAAGCCAGUCGUCAAGCCCGCCCCUAUCGUCACGACUCCUGCAGUCGUUCAGGAGAAGUCCCUCACGCCCCCGACUCCCAUCACACCCGCAAAGCGUCCCGCUGAGCUCGCCAACGACGCUAAACCUGAGCUGAAGCGUACCAAAGUCACUGCAGCCUCCGCAGUACCGACGAUAGUACCUCAAGUUGCUUCAAGCUCCCCAAGCCCGAGGCCGAUGACUAUGGAGCGCAAGCUCGCGGAUCAACGCAAGCGUCUCGCAGAAGUGCGUCAGAAGCGUCAGCAGAUGGCUCAAAAGCAGGCAACUAUCGAGGAGCAAAUGACUCCGUACAAACAGCGCAUGACUGAGGAGCUGGAGCGUCUGGCCAGGGAGAUGCAGGAAGAGGAGAACGCUUACUUCGAGGACGAGCAGCAUUUCACCGCUAGUGUGGAGAUUCUCGAGGAGUUCAAGAGAUCGGAUGGUGGCGAGUAA